AACGCGGAGCCCCGCCCCCGCUCUCUGUAAAUACCGAGGCGGCUGCACAGCCCCGCCCAGCCGCCGCCGCCGCCGCGGGAAAAGGGAGUAGCUGGGGUGGGGGCAGUUACUGUGGGCGCUGACCUCUUCCCCUCCCGCGCGCCGGGGCUGGAGCGCGUGGCUCCCGCCGGGCCACGCUUAACGGCCGGCUGCGCGCGCGCGGCAGCCUCGCUGUGCUGUGCGGCGCGCGCUGGCUGAGGGCCCGCGGGGUGGGGGGAGGGGGGGGAGGAUGCUGCACUCCGUGGGGUACUUCAGUGGCUUUCCCUGCCCUUUCGAUGGCGCCUCAGGCGGCGGCUGCCCGCGGCCCCACUGCCAGUACAGGCACGGGGCGGGGCGGAGCGGGCAGCAGCCGCUGAGCGACGCGCCUGCCAUGGAGCUAGGUAAAAGUAUACAAGAAUUGGAAAGAAUCAAAAAAGCAAUUGAGUCAGUCAAGACUGAAGUUGAAGAAGGGCAGAAGAAACUCUCUCAGUAUAAUUUGCAAGAUGAAAUACUUAAAAACUCUUUGACAGCUAAAAUAAAUGAUGUUAAAGGAAAUAAAACUUCCCCAGAUGAUGACGGUCUGUGUAGCUCUCUUACAAAAGACAAAUGUCUUGUAGCUCCAGUCUCGAAGUACUCUAGCAAAGGCUGUCGUUUGUUAUCCGGUAAAUAUGUCAUUGACCAUAGUUGUCCAGCAACUGACCUUGAAUAUGAUCCACUUCUAAAUUAUUCUGCAGGCCUACUCAGCUCUUCCAUAAUGAAAGAGGAGGAAAAUGACACACAGCAAUUUAAGCGGGUGAAAAUGCCUCUUGCUGAUUUUCACAUGGACUCUCCAAAAAUGUCUCCAUGUGGAAAUCAGCAUGGAUCCCCAAAGAAGAGACCAAGAAGCUAUUCACCUAUCAAGCUUGAAAUAAAGCUUCAAGAAUCUGAUGAUGAUGAUAUUCUGGUUAUUGAUGCUCCACCAUUGACUGUCACUAAGAAGCCAAGAAUAAGUAGGAGCUUUAAAAACUGGAAUAGGGAAGAAAACAAACACGUUGCUGUAACAUGUCCAGAAAAUCUGCAGAACAGUGACAUAGCAGAAGAUCCUGUUAAGUAUAUUGAGGAAAAAAGAGCAGAAGUUACCGUAACUCUGCAAAAGGAUGAUAACACAGGUGUAAGCAACCCUGAAAAAUCGCUGAAAACUUCACCAAAAACUCGAAGUGCAUAUUUGCCUGAUGUGAAAAUUAAUGCUUUGAAGUCUUUAAAUAACCUUCAUGAACAAAGAAAAUUGUUUACUGUCUCUAAGGAAAAUAAUAUAUCUUCAGUUUCUCAUAUUAAGGCACAGAUGCAGAAAGAAACUUUGAAGAAAGAAGAUCCAAAGAGUGAAAUAUCAGUGAAAACAUCUGUUGAAGAAUUGAGUACUAAUAAAUAUAAAAACAUACCGAGUUGCAAGAGAGAGACCGAAACUAGCCAGUAUUUUGAAGCCAGCUCAAAAGACAAAACUGUGCUAACUGCACAAGGGACUUGUAAAAAAUUACCAGUAAAUAUAGGGAAAAUUCAGAUUAUACAAGAAAAUGGAGAAAUUGAAGUAUUGGGAAAUGCACCCAUUCACCCUAGCACUCCCUUGAAUUUGGGUGAGAAAGUUUGUCAUGAUGUAGAUCUCUCAACUAAAAUCCGUAGUGGAGAAAGUAAUAGUAAUACUAUGAACACUACCAUCAAAGAAAGUGACAUAAUUAUAUUAGAUUCUUCUUCAGAAGAAGAGAUGGAGUAUAGUGAAGAGGAUACUGAAGUCUCUGAAUCUGAUGACCCUAUAGAGGAAUGCCGGAGAAUUUUCAAUGAGUUUGUUGAAAGUGAAGCACAGAAGCAAGAAAUUGCUAAGCAGGCUCUUGGAGCUCAUGCUGAAGUAGAUACAUUGGAUACGAAGACAAAUAUGGUUCCUGGGCAGAAGAAAAGAAUUGCACACACUGCGAAAUUUGAUGUACAGACCAACAAAGAAAUACUUGUGCCUUUUAAGGCCCCUCUUCCACAGCAAUCUUGUCCUACCAGAAUCCUGCAGGCACAGCAACAGGCGGUGCAGAUAACAGCUGCUGUUAAAAGUGGACAGGCUUUUGUUGCUGCAACUUCUGGACAGAAGAAAACUGUACCUGUAUUGUCAACUACUCAGAUUCAAAACGUAGGACCAAUGGUAUGUUUAAAUUUGCUUGAAGUUCAACCUGUGGCAACCAGCAGUGGUCAACUGAAUGUAUUCCUUCAAGGAAAUGCUGUAACAGCAAUGCCAUGCAGACCUUCUAAUAUUUCAAUAAAAAGGAUUGCUCCUAUGCCUAUUAAGGUUUCUAGUCGGAGAAGGCCUUCUAUAAUUCCAGAAUCUGGAUCCAAAGUUCCACAUGACACAAGACAACGAUAUGUCAACUUUUUUGUUGAAGAAUAUUUGAAAGUUUGUAGAACAGUAAAUGAAGCUUUUGAUAAGGCAUUGGUAGAAGAAAAAGCAAUUUAUGAUCGUUGUGGCAGUAAAAAUAUGUAUCUGAACAUAGCUGUGAACACCCUUAAAAAGCUGAGGGAUCAAGGUAGUCUCUCUCCAAAUGGGCAGUCUUGUGGCAGCAGAUGUACUAAUGCAACUGGAUCUAGAAAAGUGGACGAGAAGAAUGAUUUUACAGGAAUUGUUCUCUAUAGAAUUCUAAAAGAUUAUGUUCUGACUGAGGAACAAUUGCAUGAGAAUGGCUACCCACAACCAAAUCCUGAAAAACCUGGCAGUGCUAUAUUAAGUAAUGGAAUGACAAAAACAGCUGUAUCUGAUGCUUCCAAAAGAGUAUGUUGUAGAUGUGGAGAAAUAUACACUGUUACUGCUUCAGGAAAGCACAUUCGUAAAGAAGAAUGCAACUACCAUUCUGGUAGAGUACUAAGACAAAAAGUUCCUGGUGGCUUGGAAACACGGUAUAGCUGUUGUGAAGGAGUAGUUGGGUCUCCUGGAUGCCAGGUUGCAAAGCUCCAUGUCCAUGAUGGCCGAAAGGAAAACCUGGAAGGCUUCGUGAAGACGUUUAUCAAAUUAAUUCCAGCUGAUGGAAAUCAUGGUGUGUUUGCACUCGACUGUGAGAUGUGUUACACAACACAAGGUCUGGAACUUACUAGAGUGACAGUGGUUGAUUCCAACCUACAGGUUGCCUAUGAUACACUUGUUAAACCAGAUAAUGAAAUCAUAGACUAUAAUACUAGAUUUUCUGGAGUGACAGAAGAGGACUUGAAGAACAUUACAUCAUCUAUUCGGGAUGUGCAGGCAAUAUUGCUAAACUUAUUCAGUGCAGAUACUAUUUUAAUUGGACACAGCUUAGAAAAUGAUUUAUUUGCUCUUAAGCUGAUUCAUAACACUGUUGUGGACACAGCAGUGGUGUUUCCUCAUCGGCUAGGCUUGCCUCAUAAAAGAGCACUUAGAAAUCUAAUGGCUGAUUACCUCAGACGAAUUAUUCAAGAUGAUGUUGGUGGCCAUGAUUCUAGUGAAGAUGCUGCUGCUUGUAUGGAACUGAUGCUUUGGAAAGUAAAGGAGGAUACUAAGGGCAGAAAAUGGUGAUUUUCUUCAAGAACAGAAUUAUCAACAGGAAGCCACUUCCUUUUCCAUAAUAUUUCAGUAUUAACCACUUUUAGUGUGUGUUGCAGUCAAUGGGCACGACCAUAAAAACAUUACUAAUGUUGCCAAUGCAUCAACCCCCCUGUAAUUACAUGAAGUACACUAAGUUCCACGGGUGCUGUCUGCACAUCACACCUGGAAAGUCAGUUUCUCUCCUACAUCUCCUCCAUAUUGUCCCUCUCUUCCCCCCCCACCAAAGCGUGGUGUAGAAGAAGAAUAAAGUGGAGAAAUGCUACAAUCUUCACACCUGUGCAAGUUUUCCCCAAGAAAAACUAAAUGCAGCUAAAACAGAGAGAAGAAGUUAGGCUACACGUAAUCUGUACUCUUGUUUAUGGAGAAACUAAUGAUUGAUCUUUUAUUUUGACCUGUUUUUGUUAACCUUGCUUUGGAAAGGUGUUUGGUAGGGUCUUUUUUUUAAAUGAAGAACAGUUAAAAAGCAAUAAGCUGUGUCAGUUACAAUCAUCAACCUACAAAUUUUUUUUUUCCAAAUUAAAGGUGUUACUGUUUACUGCAAAGGACAUGUUGGCCACUUAUUUCUCAUGAAGCUACAAUUUUUUCUUCAUAGACCCAUAUGUGCUUCCAUAAUCUGAUCUGUAAUUUAUGCUGUAGCACUAGUUACAGAUUUUUGGAUGUGUUAAUGCACAAAAUAUGAAAUUUGGGCAAUGUAGGUGGUGUGACGUCUCUUUCUUGGUAGAGAACAGAUGAUGGAGUGCAUUGAAAUCCUUCCAGUAUUAUAGCUCAAACUAGAUACCUGUGUCAUGUAGAGUGCAAUUUUACUUAUGCAUUCUCCUGUUAAAGAUUAAUGAAAUAAUGGAAAGGAAAAAAUGACACCAAACCUGUAGGCAUUAGGGCAGGGACAAUGGGGUAAACAACUCUAUUCCAAAUCAGUAGCAGGUUAAGUGCCUGCUAGAAAUAACCAUGUGGUAGAAUGUUAUGCCACAGUAUGCCAUGACAAAUGGUUCUUUGCACAAAGUACACUUAGCUAA